AUGACCAUCCUCAUACAUACCCUUACAUCUACUCCCAUGACCAGCGCUGGUAUCUUCCUAGCGCUCACUCUCACUAUUUACUCUAUCUACUACCAACGAUACCUACACCCCCUUGCCAAAUACCCCGGUCCAUUCCUAGCAUGCCUUACCGACCUCUGGCAGGCCUACCAGUUCCUGACUCUCAAGCAACCAUACAACCUAACAGCGCUCCAUGCCAAGUAUGGUCCAAUUGUCCGGUACGGGCCAGACAAACUCAGCAUCACCCACGAAGGCGCUAUUCAAGCAAUCUUCCAGAAGGGUGGAAGAGGAAUGCCAAAGACGGAAUUCUAUGAUGCAUACGGUGCAGCUCAUCCGAAUGUAUUCGGUAUGCGAAAUGAAGAACAACACUCCAUCCGCAGACGCCACAUGUCCCACGGGUUCUCGAUGAGCUAUGUGAAAGAGAUGGAACAAUACUUGGACAUGAAUAUCCGAAUUCUAAGAAAUAAGAUCAGAGAGCAUAGUGCUCAGAACAGGGCAUUCGACCUGAAAAAGGCCCUGCAUUAUUACGUGAUCGACGUCCUUGGUGAGCUGGCCUUCAGUCAAUCAUUCGGGGUCCAGGAGACGGAUGAUGAGACCCGAGUCCCGCCAGUCAUCGAACAUAGUCUGCUUGCUGCUGUUACUGGUGCCUGGCCUGCUAUGACAGCAACACUGAAGAAGUAUCUUCCACUUGUUCCAUACAAGCCCCUUCAACAGCUCUUUGCUGGCCGCAAAGCCUGUGCGGAUCUCGCGUCGGAGUGUGUUCGACGUAGGUUGGGGGAUUUUGGUGGAGAUAGGAUGUCCAAAAGCGACGAUAGGAAGGACGUCCUAACAAAUCUGAUUUUGGCUAAGCAUCCUGAUACUGGUGAGCAUCUUACACAGACGGAUCUUGAGACUGAGGCUUUUGGGUUUAUUAUUGCAGGAACACACACUACAAGUGCCACGACAACUCUCUUGUUUUACCACCUGCUUCAUAACCCCCAGUAUAUGGAGGAGUGCGUAAAGGAGAUCGAAGCCAAUCUGCCUCCUCUUACACACGGAGAGACAGCCUAUUCUGUAUCCGCUGCAGAGGCCGCCCUACCGUUCUUGCGCAACUGCAUAAGGGAGAAUUUCCGGAUUACGCCGGUCUUCACGAUGCCUCUAGCUCGGAGAGUGAUGAUUUCAACGGGUGUUAUGAUAGAAGGACAGCAUAUACCACAAGGGACAUCAAUCGCUGUCUGCAAUCAUGCAUUCCAUCACAACCCUGACGUCUGGGGUGACGAUCACAACAUCUUCGAUCCAUACCGAUGGGAGAACCCCGAGAUUGCCGCCAAGGCACGGCUAUUAAUGCAUUUUGGCUUGGGUGGACGUCAAUGUAUUGGGAAGACCAUUGCAAUGACGAAUAUUAAUAAGCUGAUGAGCACAUUGUUGAGGGAGUUCACUUUUGAACUUGCUGACAAGCAGGCUCAGGAGAAGUGCUUAUCAAGCGGGAACAUUCCAGAAUUGAUUAGCGUUGGAAUUAGCGAUCUAAAGGAGCCCUUGAUGCAUAGCAAGAUGGAAAAGCCCGGCGUUCAGCAUGUUGAGAAUGAAAAUGGUGAUGAGAACCUCGCCGUCAAAAGAAGGGAUGACCAUGAUUUAGAGGCGUCCAAUGCGUCUCAUGGUAAAGAUAUUGAAGAAAAUGACUCAGAUGCUUUGACGGAAGAUCAUUGUCAAUAUCUGAUUCAGAGAUAUGGAACAGUAGAGCUGGAUCCUAUCCCGGACAUGACUGACGCUGAUCCCUAUAAUUGGCCGACAUGGAAGAAAGUCAUCAACUUGGCUCUAGUUGCAUUCCACGCUAUGAUGGCAACUUUUUCAGCGUCUUCAAUCCAAUCCGCCUUCGUUGAGAUAGCAGAGGACCUUGGAGUCAGUGUACAAAGAGCAAGCUACUUAACUUCCCUAGUCAUUGCCAUUCUCGGGGGUGCGCCUCUUUUCUGGAUGCCAUUGUCCAACCGCUAUGGUCGACGUCCUAUAUUCCUGCUUUCGCUGCUCUGCAGUCUGGUUGCUAAUGUGGGCUGCGCUAAAAGUCCGUCAUAUGCGACUAUGGGAUUUUGCCGGGCCCUUGUUGCCUUUUUUAUAAGUCCUGCCGCUGCUAUUGGUAGUGCUGUCGUCGCCGAGACCUUUUUCAAGAAAGACCGCGCAAGAUGUAUGGGCGUAUGGGCCGUCAUGGUGACUUUGGGUGUCCCGCUUGCACCUCUGCUUUUUGGGUUCGUUACGAGUCGAGUGGGAUACCGGUGGAUCUACUGGAUAUUGGCUAUCACCAACGGUGUUCAGUUCAUCACAUAUUUGAUCUUCGGCCAAGAAACUCUAUACAUCCGUGGUAGCGCUGCUAGUCACGUCAGUAACCCAACCCUUCGGCAACGAUUCCUUGAUGUGAGGCGUAUUGAUCCAACGCCAUUGAAACUAUGGGACUUUCUACGCCCCCUCAGCAUGGCAAUACGGCCCUGUGUUAUGAUUCCAGCCGCCGCAUAUGCGAUGAUAUUCCUUCUCGGUGGUAUCCUCCCUUCAAUUGAGAUGCCGCAACUCUUCCCCGAGAUGUUCGGACUUGACUCGGAGCAGGUAGGCCUGCAGUUUAUCGCGAUGAUUAUCGGCUCUCUGCUUGGCGAUCAGGUUGGGGGAUUCUUAUCCGACCGUUGGAUGCUGUACGGGCGAAAGAAAACGCAGCGGCCCGUUGCACCAGAAUUCAGACUCUGGAUUAGCUAUCCAGGAAUUGUUCUGACGAUAGUUGGCAUCGUUAUCUUCCUUGUCCAGCUAGAUCAUGCUUCAUCGCGGUGGAAUAUCACUCCGCUGGUCGGGGUCACCAUUGCGUCUAUUGGAAACCAAAUCGUCACUACCGUCAGCUUCACGUAUGCUGUGGAUUGUUAUCGAUCAGAAGCAGCGAGCGUUGGUGUAUUUAUCACGUUGGUGCGACAGACGUGGGGAUUCAUAGGACCAUUCUGGUAA